AGAGCACUUCGCACCAGCAAACACAGACACAUUUCACAGCAACAGGUGCGAGAGACAGUCACACACAAGAGAAAUCAACCCACUGCAGCAGCACCAGCAAGAAAAGUCAAUCCACUGCGGACAUAAUCAGAUGAGGAUUUGAAGAUCCACGCGGGGCUUCUCUCUCGUUUGUAAUCAGAUGAAAAGAAGAGAUUAUCCUGAGGCAGCCUCCAUCUUUCUUUUUUCACUGCCGGGAGGAGAGGAGGAGGAGGACGGUGGUGAAGGAGGAGACUUGACCAAGGGUGGGUGGGGUUUGCCGAGGCGAACGAGUGACUGACUGAGUGAGUGUGUGAGUGUGCGUGUGUGUGCGUAUGUGUAUGUGUGUGUGUGAGAGAGAGAGAAACAGACAGAGAGAGGGGAGAGGAGAAAGGGGGGGUCACCUGUGGAUGAGCUGGAGGGAGCAGAGACCGCCUGUCUCUCCACCUUUUCAAGGUCCGCUCUGAUGCACACACUGGGGAGGCUGGGAGAUGACUGAACUCCGACAUUAGUAAGAAAAGGCAAGGUGAGCAGGAGAGACCGGCGUGGAGAGGAGAGGAGAGGGAAGAGAGGAGAAACAGACCAAAAGAAGAGAGAGAGAGAGAGAGAAGAAAACAAGAGGCAAAGGGGAAGACACAUUCCUGACUCUUUUCCGUCCUAAGGUGCCCUAUGGCCGAGCGAGGGCGCCCUGAGUCAGAGCAUUUCCCCUCCGGGUCUUCCUCCCCAGCAGACCCCAGGGUCACCACAGACGCUCUGUCCAUCUCCAAGAGCUCCGCAGACAUGGUGACAUCUCCCCAUCAACUGGACAAGGCCAACCAGGGCCCGAACGGCGCCGGUUCCUUGCCAACAGACGCCCAGAAUGGUGCCAAGCAGCAGCCUCUUCGAGUCGGUGCCCACAGCGCUGAAAGCACCCCUGAUCACCCGGCGGUCCGUAACGCGGGGCGACCGCACAGCAUGGCAGAGCCGCACAGCGGGAUGGAAGCGCUGCUGGAGGGGACGCUGAACCACCACCACCACCAGCACUACCAGCACCAGCUGCACCAGCACCACCACCAGCACUAUGGCGCCCCCUGCUGUGGGGACAGAGGACUGGGCUCCUCAGGGUCCCACAGGGACCUCAGCGGGCACAGGCUUGCGCCCGGCGCCCUGCCCGUGCAGCGGAGCCACUCGGACUCGCUGCAGGCGCUGCGGGAGAGCCCCGUCCCGCACCCGCACCCCCACUGUGAAUCCGCCGCGUCGCCGCUUCACCCAGCUCACCUGGCCCACGACGCCCACUUCUGCGGGACGCAGCCGUGCCCGGGCCUGGUGUGCAAGCAGUCUCUGCAGCUGCAGCCCAGCGGCAGCCUGACCACCUCAGCUCGGGGCCCCAGCCCCACGGCGCAGCUCCAGCUCCAGCCCCAGCACGGCUGCGUCCCGGCGGUGCCGUCCAACACGCCCAGCGAGAGAGCCGCCGAGUCCUGGCACCCGCACUACGAAGAGGCGGCGGCGGCGGCGGCGUACUGCGGCCCGUACGGCGUGCCCAUGGUGCCCGGGGCGAUGGACGAGACGCUGGCCGCCUACUGCCACCACCAGCCCAUCUCCGCCGCCGUGCAGCUGCUGCCGGUGGCCGGACAGCGGGGUCUGCCGGGCGCCGAGGCCCAGAUGCUCGCCCUGCCGCGCCUCAUCUCCUCCAUCAGCGAGACGGGCCUGGACGCCAAGCGCGUGCUGCGCUGCUGCAACCUGGACUGCACCUGGCCCAACGCCCCGGCCCUGCACCACGCCGGCAGCCAGCCGCACGUGGGCGACGAGGCCCACCACCUCCUCAUGACCACCGCCGCCGCCGCUGCCGUCGUCGUCGCCACAAGGGACGCGGGCACCAUGACGUCCCGCACGGAGCUGAGGGACGUGGGGGUGCAGGCGGAGCAGGUGGCCAAGACGCCUCCGCCGCGCCACAUGUACCCCGAGGUGUGCCUGGCGGACGACGGGGCCGUGAACGGGGCGCCGGCCGCGGGCAAGAGCGGCGGCGGCGGCGGUGGCGCCGCGCAGUCCAAGUCGCCCGUCAAGGAGGUGAAGUGGGACGCGGAGGGCAUGACCUGGGAGGUGUACGGCGCCUCGGUGGACCCCGAGGAGCUGGGCGUGGCCAUCCAGAAACACCUGGAGCUGCAGAUCAAAGAGACGGCCAGCCGCGCCGCCAAGCUGUCCCGCCAGAACACCAGCGCCUCGCAGGGCACCGCCGGCACAGGGACCGGGACGGGGGCCGGCAGCGAUAGCACCGUGCGACGCAGGAAGAGAGGGGGACUCAUGGGGUCCCUACGAGGGUCGCUGAGGGGUCCAGGGUGCUGUACGCGCGCCACCAAUGCCGUGGACUGAGGAGGGGACUCUCAUAUUAGACAGUUGUACAGGCAAAGUGGUAGGGCAUUUUUGUAAACAUAUAACCUUGCAACAUACACGUACACAGUCACACAAAACACACACCCUUGUUUGGGAAGCAUUUGAAUUAGCUGGAUGAACACUUUGUUUAACAGGACUGUUAGAGGAUGAAAAUGAUACUGCAUCACAUAUGGAAAAAUAUGAUGGAUUCAUUUUUUUUGGAGUAGCCAAUAGUUUACUGAAUUGGUGAGGAGGGUAACGUUGGCUAUGACAUGUGCCUGUCUUCCUUAGUUUUCUGCUACCACACUUGGACAACAGGUUGUCACAAAGGGCUAUUGAUGCAACAUACAGGUAAAGGUAUUUGUCAUUGUCCUUGCAGUUUCCAUGGGGCCAGAUAAAAACACAAUGUGUGAAAUUGUACUAAAAUUGGAUCGACCAGUACACCAGCUUCAGCAAGUUCUAGCAAUGUGUGAGCAUUGGCUCUGGAAAAAUGAGAGGCUAGUUGUUGUUUGAAAGAUAGUCUCCCUUCACCAAACCUGAAAUACAGCAUGUACUAUAUUUUUGGUGUACAAAUUUCACUAAUUUUAUUAGGAUAAUAUAGGUUAUGAGUUUAUGACUCCAGUCUAGAAUACAUAUGACUUAAAUAUUCUUCUAACUAACAUUAAAUGACUCUGCUGUUACACUAACACUGGGCAGCCUACAGUACUUAUAUAAAUGAUUUUGCCAUUGUUGUGCCACUUUUUAUGUAUGCCGUUUACUUAUCAGAAUGAUCAGAAUGGCAUCUGAAAAUGACAAACACCCUAUUCAAAUCUAUCAGACAAACUUAAAAUAUUCGACAUAACAAACUAAAUUUGGCCCUCAAACACUGGAUGAUAUCAUAUACUUGAGGCAAGAAAAACAUUCUGCAUGCUGCAAGGGAAGCUUGUGCAUUCUGAGGUGCCAAAAUGCCCAGGCUUACUGUAAAUUCAGUUGUGGUGGAUAUGAUGAACUAGGAAGUUGCCCAGGGUACAAUGGCAGCAGUUGUAUGGGUCUUUUUACCCCUUCCACCUGAGUUUACGCCCAGUAGGUGCUUAGCUGCAGGUGAUGCACCUGACCCGUUAGCGGAUCUUCACCUUGUGCUUCACCUUAGCAGGACACCUCAUCUGAUUAUGUCCUUGUAAGAGCUAUAACUUUACCCACCUCUAAUGCACACAAGGGCGUAUAAUUUAAAGUGUCGCUGUGACCUAAAAUUAAAGAGUGUUGCCUGAAACUGAUCCUAUCAAAAAGGUAAUUCCAUUAGCAAGGCCAAGAGGUCUAAUACAAUUUGUUCUAGGCCACAGAACUGUCACAGAAAAGUCUGCAUAGGUUCUACAAAUAAAAAAUAAGGCUUUGUAGAUUAAAGUCAAUUUAAAUGUAAAUUUAUAUUUAACCCAAGGCUAUGAACUAAAUCCCUAACAUUUCCAUAACAUUAAGAAGAUUCUACUCAGAAGUAGCACAUAAUAGUUCAGUUAUCGAUAAAUCUUGGGUUAGGAUCAGGUUAGGUUAUGGCAAUCAGUCAUUCUAAACCAGUUAAACAUCCCUGCCAUCAGUAAAGAGACCUAGGUCUGUGAUCAUUUUAGAUAUGCAGAAUCUAGUAGUAUUAGUUGUGUCCUGACAUACUACAUGUACCUUACGGUGCCAUUGAGAUACUGAUGCUUAACAUUUUUGGUAAAUGGGAUCACCCUGGUCGCUGAAAGUAUUUUUGAAAUAUUGAAAAUCACCAAAUGUACAUUUAGAAAUUGAGCUAUUUUAGAAUUAGCCUACUUUGUGUUUCACAUUUUGAAAAUGAAAAGGUACUAUCCCAUUAACUUUGGUAAUAACAUAAUUACAGACUAGAGGAGUGAGGGAUGUCUUUUGUGUUAGUGCAAAGAGAUGCACCAAUUCAACACUAGAAACAAUGUCACAUUGUCUUCGACACACUUUAGGAACAGAGCACGGGUUUGACAGGCUGGGUUUUGAUGUUGGCACCGAUGACAGAGAAUUGCUUUUGCGGACACUGUGUGAAAGAACAGUGCUUGUUUGGCUCAGAAUGAAAAGAUCUGGCAGAGGUCUGAAACAAAUGCUUGCUUCAAUUUCAAAAGCUGUUCCUGUCUUUGCACAAUUUGUUUAAUGAAUCACCAGUGCCACAAGAAAAAAGAGGGAACAUUCUGGAAAAACAGAAUGCUACUGAUGAAUAAGGCUAGCAAUAAAUUCUCUGUAACGCGUUGAGUGUUAAUGUUGCAGCUUAGAUAAUUGGCGUCUGUCUCCUCUGUAUUAGCCUACUGAAGAUGACCUAAGUUAACUGUAUAUGUAUUAUAUUACUUAGAAAGCAAACAUAUUAUCCAGUCCAAAAGUGUCAAACUUGGAGUCAAUUACAGUCAUUGUUUGUUUCUUUGCCUUUUAUAACAUGUUUUUUCAACAUAUUAAAGAUGAUUUAUUUUCAUUUUUCUUGACCUCUUGGAAAAUUGCAUCGACCAUGCAGUAUCUUUUUCUUCUGUAGGCCUAUAUGUUUUUGUUGUGAUGUAUUAUUUUGAAAGAUGUGUAUAUUUCACUUUCUCAGGGGAUUAUUUCCCUCUUUUGUACAGUCCUACCAUGUGUACCCAUUUUUUUUUUUGCGAAUCCAACCAACAUGUCCCCACUUUGUUUUACUUUUUUUUAAUGUCAUGUAAUUUUCUUUCCAAAGAUCUUAGAAUCAAAGCAAUGCUUGUAUCCAACCUGCUGAAGCACCUAUGUAUUAGAGAAAUUUACUAUACAUUUCAAAACGUGGUGAUAUAUUUUAGGCUUGUUUAGUAUUUAUUUUGAAAUAAAAAACAUA